CACCUGGGCCCGCGUCUCUCACCGUCUGCCGUUGUUCGAAGCAUUGCAGUGAGAGCGUCAGAGCGGCGGCCUCACGCGAUCCAUCACUACCGUCGUCCCUCACGAGAUCAGAUAAGGAGGAAAAACCACCGAAGAACGCCAACCAAAGACCAUCGCCAACAGAAGACCCCCUCUCCCUCCUACUGCCAGCCACACGACGCACAGAAGAAGAUAUCAUCGUCGGAUGACCGCAGUAGCUAAUAGUACAUCCAGGAUGCUAGUACCACCGGACAUGUUAACGGCGCAAACGAAAAUGGUUUACCAAUUGAACAAGUACUACACGGAGAAGGUGCAGGCGCGAAAACUGCAGGUCAGCAAGACCAUACAAGAGGUGUGCCGCGUUGUGCAGGACGUGCUGAAGGAAGUCGAAGUGCAGGAACCGAGAUUCAUCUCUUCGCUGAGUGACUACAACGGGCGAUACGACGGCCUCGAGGUGAUUUCACCGACGGAAUUCGAGGUGGUCAUCUACCUGAAUCAGAUGGGAGUGCUGAACUUCGUGGAUGACGGCACGUUGCCCGGCUGCGCCGUGUUGAAGCUAAGCGACGGGCGUAAACGUUCAAUGUCUUUGUGGGUGGAAUUCAUCACAGCCUCUGGCUACCUGUCAGCGCGGAAGAUGCGCUCUAGGUUUCAAACUCUGGUGGCACAAGCCUGUGACAAGUGUUCCUACAGAGACUCAGUGAAGAUGAUUGCGGACACGACCGAAGUGAAGUUGAGAAUCCGUGAGCGUUUCAUAGUGCAAAUAACUCCGGCCUUCAAAUGCGCCGGCCUCUGGCCCCGCUCCGCCGCCCACUGGCCCUUACCACAGAUACCUUGGCCACAUCCGAACCUCGUCGUCGAAGUGAAGACCGAAGGAUUCGAUUUACUUUCCAAAGAGUGCAUCGCGCUGCAGGGCAAGCAAUCAGCGAUGGAGGGCGACGCCUGGGCCCUUUCCUUUCUCGAAGCCGAGAACCGACUACUCCAAGGAGGAUGCAGGAAACGGUGCCUAAGUAUACUGAAGACCUUGAGAGAUCGUCACCUGGACCUUCCAGGAAACCCGGUUACCAGCUACCACAUGAAAAUGCUUCUUCUCUACGAGUGCGAGAAACAUCCGAGGGAGACGGAAUGGGACGAGUCGUGCAUUGCGGAUAGGAUAAACGGCAUCUUCCUCCAGUUAAUCUCUUGCCUGCAAUGCAGACGCUGCCCGCACUACUUCCUCCCUAACCUAGACCUCUUCAAAGGUAAAUCCCCGAGUGCAUUAGAGAACGCAGCCAAACAAGUUUGGAGACUCACGCGAGAGAUGCUAACGAACUCAAGGUGUUUCGAGAAGUUAUAGUAUUAUAGACUAAAAUUAUUUAUUUUGCAACGCGAGUCCUCCACCCGUAAUUUUGUAGUUAACAAACCUAGUUUUAUCAAACGCACAAUUAUCAAAUACGUGUUAGACAAACAAACAAAAAAAAU